GACCGAGCAAGCAGUUACGUUCCAAACCUCAGAGAGGAUUGAUUCGACAAGAGUGCAUCGAUGAGGGGGACAGACAUGCCGGGGUGGUAUUACAAAUGGCCAUCUCUAUCUUUUCUCUGCAUCUACUUCUGGCUGCUUUUCCUCGCUCAAAGAGCGAGCAAUUGUCCCAACAGGACGAGGUGGUAUGCGUCAGUGUAAAAGGCGCCUCUGGGGACCUACGGGCUUACUGCAGCAUCGAGGGCAAGCGCAUUGUCAAUGGACCUUCGGCCUGCGGAGAUCCUGAUUGGUUGAAAAGGCCUGCUCCAGAGUCAAUUAGGCCGAUCGAGUCGACAUACCUUUGGCUUCACUCCUUUGAAGCAGCGGCCUUCUUCUUGGUCUUCUUUACCGGUCUGCUUGUCGAGGAUGGCGCCUCCACGGCCUGUCGUAGGCCAGGAAAGCGUGAAAAAGGUGAUUCGUAAGCCGGUAGCGCAGAAAGCUGCAUUCAGUUGAGCCGCAAGGAUUCAUCGAGCAGGGGUCAGCAACACAACACUGCACCGGCGAGG